ACGCAGCGGCCCAGAACGGCGAGUUCAACCGCCGUCGACCGGGGAGCCCCAUUAAGGUCCCCUAUAGUAUAGCGCGUCGAUAGCAGCAAAUACCGCCCACCCGAUGGCCUGUAGCUAGUCCUGGUCGGCGUCCCCGCCCAAGCCGGUAGCCCCACCGACCAGCGCCCUCGAAUUCUGCUCAUCGCAUCAUUGCAACCAGCUCCCGACCUCGACUUCUAACUUGUCCUACUUGUACUUAAUCGCCCACGUCCCCAGCCGCCCGGGCCGCGAGCUCUCAUCUCGUCUCUUCUCCUCACUUCACCCAGCGCUUCUCUCCGGCCGCGUGACCAUUCGGCAGUCGAAGCACCGCCGGACGUAGGACCAACAGCGAGGACAACCCCCCCCCCCCCCCCCGUCAGAGCUACAAAACGCAAGCACCCGCCCUCGCGCACACGCACGCACGCACGAACGCAGCCCCGCCCGUCGCGGACGGAAUGACCUGACAGCGCCGUCGUUCACACCCGGUCCGUCCCGCGCGCCAGCCAGCACGACGCGACGAUGCGCUCGCACCGGGCGUUCGAGAGCGAGGACGCGAACGAGGCGCAGUGGGAGGCGGCGCGCGGCGCGGCCGUCGGCGCCGCCAAGUGGGGGGUCGCGACCGCGGCCCUCGGCGGCCUCGGGUACGCCCUGUCGCCCGUCUACCGCGGGCUGACCAUCCAGUUCAAGGUAUACAUCCAGAUGUCCGGCAUGAUCCUCGGCGGCAUGAUCGAGGCCGACUACCGCAUGCGCCAGUACGAGAACCGCGUGCGCGUCCAGCGCCGGCUCGCGCGCGACCGCGCCCUCUGGGCCGACUACGAGAAGGAGCUCGCCGAGAUCGAGAAGGAGAGCAGCAAGAAGUAAGGUCAGGUGGGGCGACGCCGGGAUUCUCCCAUUGUCUGCUGCCGUUAUGUUGUCGUCGGUACUGUCGCUGGGAUGGGCCAAGAAAAGCAAUUAAAGGGAGGCGAAAAGGGCGCCUCCGGUAUCACGAGGCGAGAUUGGCCAUGUAUAUAUUCGCGCGUGCGCGAAGGCAGGUUGGCGAUUUCUCUAUGUCUUCUACUCCCAUUAGGUGGUCCCAGAUACCAGAUAGCUACAUAGGUC